AUGACUGACGCAUCUUCUAUGGAUGCAGAAGCGAAGAAGCGCGCGAAACGUGAGCGUCUCGAAGCUUGGCGACGUGAACAGGCGGCAAAGAAGCGCCAGACACCUGACGAUAGUACAGGAUCUGACAAGGGUACGAGGCAAGAUGCAGUAGCGUCAGGAACCGAUGCAUCAGCAGCAAAGAGACGUACGCUCGGACUGCGUGGUACUGGAUUGAGCCAUGCAGGUGUGGGUUCUGGUGGCGGUGUUGUCAAGCCACGAAUCCGUUUAGGUGCGCUGGAUGACAUGGAUGACGAUGCGGGAGAAGCCAAGCCAUUGCGGCGCAUUACGCUAGACACCGAGGAGGAUUCACGUAGUCGUGCAGUAAAUGAAGCUACUGCGGAUGAUCCUCUGGAUGCCUACAUGCAGGAACUAGAAAGUGAAGUCCAGCGCGAAAGCCAUGAGCAUGGCCAUGAUGGUGGAUUGGAGGUGUUGAUGGGCGAUGACGAGGAGCCGCGAGAGGGAACCGAGACGCACGCAGAUGACGACGUGGAUAUUGACUCGAUUCGCGCAGAAGACAUCUUGGCACUCGCUCAUCGCGGGAGCAAGAAAAAGCAUCUGCCCGCCGUCGACCAUGCAGCCAUUGCAUACGAGCCAUUCCGCAAAGCGUUCUAUCAUGCGCCGGACGAGAUCGCCUCCAUGAGUAGUGCAGAUGCCGAGCGGCUUCGUGUGGAGCUGGAUGCCAUGUCGGUCCGUGGGAAGCAUUGCCCGACGCCCAUCACCAAGUGGUCACAUUGCGGGCUGCCGGUGAACUGCUUGGACGUGAUUAAGAAGCUCGGAUAUGUGGCGCCAACGCCGAUUCAGAGCCAGGCGAUUCCUGCGAUCAUGAGCGGACGCGAUAUGAUUGGCGUAGCGAAGACGGGUAGUGGCAAGACCAUGGCGUUUUUACUGCCCAUGUUCCGCCAUGUCAAGGACCAGCGGCCUGUCGAGUCAGGCGAGGGACCGGUGGCUUUGGUGAUGACCCCGACGCGCGAGUUAGCGGUGCAGAUCUUUCGCGAUGCGCAGCCGUUUUUGCGUGCGUUCAACCUGCGAGGUGCGUGUGCCUAUGGCGGCACGCCCAUCUCUGAGCAGAUUGGAGAGAUGAAAAAGUUGGUCGAGGUUGUAGUAGCGACACCAGGCCGCAUGAUCGACUUGCUCACAGCCAACAGUGGGCGUGUGACAAACAUGCAGCGCGUGACGUACCUGGUGCUGGAUGAAGCGGAUCGCAUGUUUGAUCUGGGAUUUGAGCCGCAGGUCAUGAAGAUCCUGGGUCUGAUCCGGCCGGACCGACAGACAGUGUUGUUUUCAGCGACAUUUCCAAAGCCGAUGGAAAGUCUGGCGCGCAAAAUGCUGCGACACGAGCCGCUCGAGGUCAUUGUCGGUGGCCGGAGUGUUGUGGCUGCCGAGAUUCGGCAGAUCGUAGAAGUCAGACCGGACUCGAGCAAAUUCCACCGCCUCCUCGAGAUCCUCGGGCAGCUGUAUCAUCACGAUGAAGAUGCACGGACGCUGAUCUUUGUGGACCGGCAAGAUGCCGCGGACGAGCUGAUGCACAUGCUGAUGAAGCGAGGAUACCCCACCAUGUCGCUCCAUGGCGGCAAGGAUCAGGCCGACCGCGAUACGACGCUCGCCGACUUUAAGGCAGGCAUUGUGCCGAUCCUUACCGCGACAUCCGUUGCUGCACGCGGCCUGGAUGUGAAGCAGUUGAAGCUUGUCGUUAACUACGACGUGCCGAAUCAUUUGGAAGACUAUGUGCAUCGCGCUGGCCGCACUGGGCGUGCAGGGAACCAAGGCACAUGCGUGACAUUCAUAACACCUGAGCAGGACCGGUAUGCCAAAGACAUUGUGGCAGCACUGCGUGCGAGCAAGGCGACAGUGCCUCCGGAGCUUGAGGCGCUUGCGUCGCAGUUCAAGGAAAAGCUCCAGCAAGGCAAGGCACAUGCGUCUGGCUCAGGCUUUGGCGGGCGCGGACUUGAACGCUUGGAGGCAAGUCGCGAGCGCCUUCUGCAGGCGCAGGCGUCCAUCUUUAUUGAGGAUGAGGACGCCGAUCCCGAGGCUGUGGCCGCGCGUGCCGCCGACGAGACUCAGCGGCUGAAUGGGACUGACAUCCAGGUGCGGACUGGCCCUAUUCCCGAGGCGGUGCGUGAGAAUCGCGAGCCUGUCUACACGGAUGCGGACCAGGCUGCGAACCAGGCGCGUUUAGAAGCAGCUCGGCUUGCCGGCGCUGAUACGUCGAAGCUGCAGGAAGUCAUUGCGCGCAUCAAUUCUGUGGCAAGUCGGCGCCGCGAAGAGCUGGAGAACUCUCGACGUGCUCGAGAUCCUGAUGCGACAAAGUUCCAUGCGAUCUUCCCCAUCAACGAUUUUCCACAAAAGGCUCGUUGGAACGUGACCAAUAAAGAGACGAUGGCCAUGCUCAUUGAGUCGACAGGAGCUUCUAUUACGAACAAGGGUGCUUUUUAUGAGCGCGGCCGCGAUCCUCAUCCUGGUGAUCCGCCAAAGCUUUCUUUGCUGAUUGAGAGCAACGAGAGUUUUCGUGUUGAGCAUGCGAUUCGAGAGAUCAAGCGCCUUUUGCUUGAAGGCACACAAGCGUAUUUGGAUAGUGAGUCACGCGCACCAUCGUUGGGUGGGCGUUAUUCAGUGAUGUAG